GUUAACUUGUGAGAAUCAACAGGUAGCGGUACAGAGGUAAUAUUCUCCCUUUUCGAAACCAGCCAUACCUAGCCCACGAAUACCUCACACUGCAAAAGUGAAUAAUCAAAAACAAAGAUGGAGACUGUCAACUUAACGAGAUCUGUUCUGGUGUGCAACAUAUUCCACUUCUGUUUUUCAGCAGCUAAGGCAUCACUCAUACCUUUUCUGACAAUCUUUUGCCGUCUUAUUGGCCUGUCUGCCACAGAAACAGGCAUCAUCAUGGCUGCUAAGACUGUAACAGGGUUUGUGUGGGCACCGUUAUGGUCCAAGUGUGCAAUAGCUUACAAUAAAAGGAGAACUGUUCUCAUGUUCUCUCUGUUCAUCAUGGCAGCAACAUAUCUCUCACUGUCAUUUGUGUUCAGUCAUCUAAAAAAUGCCAAGACUAUGUGUCAGACACCCAGGGAUGGACAUGGUGGAAACACUAGUCAGUCAUAUGUUAGUACAGCCAUGGCAACACACCCACCAGUCAGUAAGCAUAUUGAAAAUGCUGUGAAGGAUGACUCAGUAGCUGAUAAACUAACUACUGCAUCAGCUUUGGGUAAAGGAGUAACCAAUGCAACUGCCACUACAACUACAACUAAAACAACUCCUACAACAAUACAGACCACCACAACAAAAAUUACCCGCUCAUCUACGACUCUUCCACCACCAACAACUGUCAAAGGAAAAGAGCCAUCAGCUACUGGUUCGCCUGUCUCUGAUCGGGAUAAGUCAGUUAACGAAACAGAUGCAGAAAUCGUUGGUCUUGUUAUAAAAAUGUUGAAACAAAUGGGAUACUCUAUAAAGGAUAUUAAGGACAAUAAAGUCACUGCUGAGGAGGCAUUUGUAUUGAUUACCACACACUACCCAGACACAGGGUUAUCACAGGCUGUGUUUAAUGACCUUUGGCCGAAACUGAUGAAGUCUGAUGGUAAAGGCAGCCACGAAGUAAGCCACAGGGACACUAGAGACAUCCAUGAGACAUGGAACUCCUUCAGGGACAAGAUGACGAAUCUAGUGACUGAGAUUGAGGAGAGGAAGAUGGAGGUGUUCCUCAUCGUCCUGGUGGUCGUGAUGUUGGGGGAGUUCAUGUGUUCCCCUGUGGAGAAAGUGGCUGAUGAUUCCUGGUUUGACUUCCUGGACAGAGUGGAUGAUCUCGAGAAGUAUGGGAAACAGAGACUAUCAGGGUCAAUCGCAUUCACAAUUUUCCCGCUCAUUGUGUCCCUGGCUGUUGAUUACUCGAAUUGCUUGCUGCCAUAUGACAUCCAUCAUUUUCUCAUCCACUUCUAUGUGUUUGGUGUCUUCAUUGGACUGACAUUCCUGAUUGCGUUCUUCUACCCGGUGCCACCUCCUGAGAAGAAGAGGACCAAGAGUAAGGUUGUGAGAGGACUGCAGAUAAUCUGCUGUGACUGCCGUGGCUUCCUGUAUGUGGUCACUCUGCUCAUCAUGGGAGCUACCUAUGCUUCGGUACACAACUACCUCUUCUGGCUCAUCCAGGACCGAGGAGGAAAGGAAGUCAACAUGGGAUUAUGUGUCACUAUUGGUGCCUUUGUUGAAAUCCCAAUGCUCAUGUUUAGCGGUAAGUUAGUGAAUAAAAUCGGAAACGCUGGAGUUGUGACACUUUCCCUCCUGGCGAUGACUAUUCGUACGCUAUAUUAUUCCUUCUUGUGGGUGCCAUGGGCAGUACUUCCAGCUGAAUUAUUGCAUGCGUUCACCCACACUGCAAUGUGGUAUGCUAUUCUCAGCUAUGAUGAUUUCAAUGUCGGUCCUGCUGUUGACCGGAGUAUCCGAUCCAUCCUAUCGUCUGUAUACUUUGGUGUUGGGUUUUCUGCCGGAAGUGUGUUUUCAGGCAUAUUGUAUGAUUUGUUUGGUAUCUCUGUGUUGUACUGGACAGGAAGUGUUCUCACUGGGAUUUGGGCAUUGGUGUACCUGGUUAUUUCUCUCUGUCUUCCAAAGAAGGAGAAGAUAAAGUAUGUACGUCUUCUCCGAACAGAAGAUGCUGAUGAUUCGGAUGGAGAUGCUGACGACUGGCUCGAGAUGGCUCUCAAGGACCAGUAAAAUAUUUCUGGCAUUUAUCAACAUUAUAAGUAUUUUAUGUAUUUUUUUAACUAUUACUGUAACCAUGGUAACAUGUUUGCAGAAUUUAUAUAAAUGGAGUCAUAUCAGUUCAUUUUGGAAUAGAGAAUUUGCAAGAAAUAUGGCAUCAUACUAGGGCUGGGAUGAGUCUAAAUUUACUACCCAGGUACCCACUGUAGGUCUCAAGAGAUAGGUACAAAAUGUCCUUUUGGGAAUAGUUUGACUGUACUCCUGUCAAAAUGUAGAUACCUGUAUAAAAUGAUCUGGUCAUGCAUACACUGAAGUUGACUAAAGUUUUAUCUUUAUUCAAACAUAUAAAAGUCAUAAAGAAAUGCCAGUAGUAGAGACAUGUAGUGUAACCAUGGAGUAAUUUCUGUCAUUAAACAAUAUAUCACGUGACUAGGCACAGGUCCAGGUAGUGCUGUGUUUACCCGGGUCCUACUCAGUACCAACCCGACACAAGUACCCGAGUUACCCGUCCCAGUCCUACAUCAUACUGUUUACCUGAAAAUGAAAGCAUUGAUCAUGUACAUCAGUUAAACACCAUAUGCCAUCAUUUUCUUCCAGUAAGUCUCUGAUGUGAUAGGAGAAUGUGUGACUGGAAAGAGUAUCCUGUCAGUUUGUACUAUUCACAGCUAGUGCCUUGUGUCUGGCACCUGGAACAUGCCAACUAAUGCAACAUGGCAACUGGUAUUUGAAAGACGAGACUUGAACAUUUUUCAACAUGUUGGAUAGGUAUACUUAUACUUAUCAUGCUUAUGCAUGUCAGGUACUAUACAUGCAAUAUGUUUCUCAAAAUCAGCUGAAGUAUUUUGAAUCUCCCUAUUAUUUUCAUGGAAAGGUUAUUUGAUUUAAGGUGAUUGAAAUUCACAUUCGUUGUGUAAUGAGAAUUGUUAUAGAAUUUGUUUUAGAUAUAAUGUUUGUGCCAGUUGUGUGUCAGUAGUUUUGGUGGGUACACAUGGUAGUACUGCAUGGUGGUGAUGCUGUUUAUUUUGUUGAACUAUUAUGUUCUUUUUGUUUCUCUUGUAUGUUACAGAGAACAUCGACAUUCUGGUUGUUUAAGGACAAGGGUUGUACAUGUUGUAUGUCCUGUUUGAAGAAGUAUUUUUAAAAAAAUAAAAGAAUUUGUUCUCAGGCAAUGGCUUUUGAAAAUAUAGUGUGGGUGGGCGGUGUCUUUUUUUCUUUUUUUGUUGUGGGGUUGUUCAAACUUAUAAGUAACCAAAUAAAGAGUUGUGUACAAUCCACCUAGGAAAGGCCUUCAUAAAAUAUUCCUUGAUGAGUAAAAUACUGGAAUACAGUAUUUAACUACCCAUGGACUUGGAUUAUUUGAGGUUUUUUUAUUUUUUUAAAAAUGGAAAUAAAACUGAAAUGUGUGGAAAACUAUAUGAUGAUGCAGCCAGUGCCUGAUAAGCAAGACUAUUAUUGUUUGCAGCCAUAAGUAUAUUUUUUAUGUUAUGAAUCUUCCAUAAACAUUCCACUCAAGGCAUUCAUAAAUAUAAUACCAUGCAGAUCUUUUCAAUAUGGGUCAUGCUUCAGUAUACAUGAGCUCUGAAUAGGACACAGUAUAAAGCACACAGGCCUUUCUGACCAUGCUGUCCAGCGCUGUUUAAUGUUGUGCAGAUAACUGCCACUACAAUGACCACCAAUUCUUUUUUAAUACUUCCAACUUUGUGUUUUCCAAAUUGGGCUGUGGUUAAUUCCACUUAAACCUGAUUACAGGAAGCUAUGGAAUAUGUUUUAGAUUGUCAAGCAUUAACUAUUUUCAUCUGAGAGUUUACAAAAGUCUCAAAGCCCACAUUUUAUUGACAUGGUCGUUGAAUUCACACGUCAUCCAUUCUAUAUCAAACACUGGUUGUGAAUCAGAUAUUUUCACAUGAAUAUUUUAUGUCAUAUAUAAUGUAUGUGGCCUUUCUUUAUGAUGUGACCUGAUACUACAUGUACUGUGCUGCUUGUGAAAUAGAAACCAUGUGCUUUUGUAUUUUGAUGUCUCCACAAUAAUACGAUGUGCUGCCCUUGCCAUAACCAGUAUAUGAUCAUUUACCAUUGGACAGCAUUGCAUCUUGUUUUGUUGAGCAAUAUACAAUAAUUUACUCUUGUAUAAAAUUGCAUCUUGUUUUGUUUAGCAGUUUACAAUCAUAUACCAUUGGACAGAAUUGCAUCUUGUUUUGUUUAGAAGUAUACAAUCAUAUACCAUUGGACAUAAUUGCAUCUUGUUUUGUAUAGCUAUAUACAAUAAUUUUCCCAUGGACAGAAUUACAUUUUGUUUUGUUUGCCAGUAUACAAUCAUUAGCCAAUGGACAGAAUUGCAUGUUUUGGAGCAGCGUAGUCAUUUACCAUUGACAGAAUUGCAUCUUUUGUUGUUUAUUGAGUUACCAUAGGAAACUGAAGGACAAGAAAGCUCUCCUGAAUCCGUUCCAUGUUAUUGAUAGUAAAGUUAUGAUUAGCUGGACAAAACCUGCAGGGGGUGUUUGAAGCUGGCUGAGUCAGUGUGUAGAGCUGUGAUCUGCACUCUCCUUGCCAGCACUGGACCUAGUUUCCUGUAUGUGACUGUCACUGGCUGAGUCAGUGUGUAGUUGUACCUCAUUACCCAGUUCUAUGAUCUGCACUCUCCUAGACAGCACUGGACCUAGUUUCCUGUAUGUGACUGUCACUGGCUGAGUCAGUGUCUAGUUGUACCUCAUUACCCAGUUCUGUGAUCUGCACUCUCCUUGCCAGCACUGGACCUAGUUUCCUGUAUGUGACUGUCACAUGCUAGGACAGAAACUGAUGGAAGGCGUGAACCUCAUGUAACUGUUGGUUUCUGUGUGUUUUUGUCUUCAAAUCAGAGUGUAUACUUAUGUCUGUUAAGCACAGAAGAACUAGUCUUUAUAGAAAUGGACGUCGUGUUAUACAUGCAGCGGGAUGUGACAAGACAUGGUUUACAUGCUUUCAUGCAAUAUCGCACUCCAUUGAUGUCUGAGGUGUUAUGUACUGGAGUAGUAGAAUAAGUUGAGUGGGCCCUUGUCUUGGGCUGACAAUAAUACAAUGGAAAUAUCAUUUUAUGUUUGUUUUGCUUCUUUUCAAUACUGACAUGUCGUCAAUGAACAGCAACUAGGUAUUAUGAUUAUUUUAUAAAUAGUUACAGUGUGGUAGCAUCUGUAAAUCCAGAGAGUUAGGGAACAGGACAUAUUGGAUUAUCAUGAUGAUUAUUGAAACUUAUUAAGAAUGCAACCAUUCUUGACAUAAAUCCUCACGACCAUUUGUGUUGUUGUAUACAUGUUUAUAUAUUCGUAAACAUGCCCUCAGUCGGCUAAAUUAUUCACUGUCACACUCAACCAACAUGUGUAUAUUUAUCUGUAUGAUGAAUUAUUCUUUUGAAAUGCAUGGUUAUUAAAGAGGUUGCAAUAUGUUUUGAAUAUACAGUGCAUGUGUUAAUGUUAAAUUGUGGGCAGCGUUGAUUCUAGAACAGGCAUCAUAGAGCCUUUCUGUGUCUGCAUCUGCAUGGAGCAUUAGCCAUGGCUUUGUUGUGGACCAAACUUGCUUCUGUUCAUCAGCUGGUGUUUAUUGUCAUCCCUUGUCCUACAGUUAAUCCUGUCACAGAUGCUCCAUGAAACAUGUGCCUUUGCUAUUGUCUUUGAAACUUGGUUACCUUUUGUGUUAGAUAACUUUGAAUGAUUGGUGAGAAAAUGAUUGUCGUGGAGAAUGAUGCUUGUGUUUAUACCAUGUCACUGGGUAGGAACGUUCAGGACCGUGAGUAAAACUACUGAAUAUGCUCCAUGUGAUACAUCUCAACUAUUUAUUGUUUACAUAUAAUGUCAAUAUUUAGCUGCAAAACAUAUAUUGCUGUUCUGAAACCAACCAUUUGUGUAUGUUUUUGGUGCUGACAAAUAAAUAUAUGUUUACAUUCUCAUCAAAUAUUAAAUAAGAUUUGUCUGCAGCCUAAUGCAAACCUUAUUUUCAUAUAAUCGGAUUCAUCAUAUUAUUUAUCCUUGAAACAGCUUUUCAAUCAGCUCUUAACAAAUUAAAUGUGGCUUGUUUGUUUUGGUCUUACUUUGUAAUAUGGAUAUAGAAACAUAUAUUUAUGCUUAUCAUUAGUCAGAAUGGUUUGUUUUUGUUAAUUGAUCUUUGGUAGCUGGUGGAUAGUUGAACAUUUUGUGUCACUGUCGAUGCAUAUGAAACAACUGCUGGUACACAUUCUUCAAGUACAGACACAUUUCUUAUUAUUCUUUGUGUCUUGUUGAGAAUCUCACACAUCCAAUUAUACAUUUUAUGUUAUUUGUAAUCAGUUUGUAUGAAAUCUCCUACUGGAUGAACGCAGUACCUUGUACAUGAUGCAGGGGACAUUUUCAGUUUUGUAUGGUCAGUAUUAAUUGAUGGUGUUUACCUUUAUUGUUUACCAGCUAACUGCAUCACAUGGUACCAUGUGAACAGUAGAUGUAUUAUUGUGAGUGCAAUUACAUGUGAUUUGUGAUAAUUUUACUAUAUGAUUACUUAAAAUAUUGUUUUGUGUAUCAAACUAUUACAAUUAUAAUUGUAAUUGUAUGAGGUUGUGGGAAGUAUUUUCAGCCAGUUAAGUUGUAAAUAAUCUUUCAUGACAAUAUGUGUUGUUUAGAUUUCACAAAGUAACAGUUAUAUGGAGCUUAAGGCUUGUGUCUUAGUUUACUGAUCCAGUUUGUCUAGUUUAGGUCAGGCUUUAAAGUUGUGUUACUGAAACAGUUCCUCAUGUUGGCGUCAGACUUUAUUAGUUAAAAUAAUGAACCAGUUCCUCAUGUUUACAUCAGACUUUAUUAGUUAUAUUAAUGAACCAGUUCCUCAUGUUUACGUCAGGCUUAAUAAGAUAUAAUAAUGAACCAGUUCCUUAUGUUUACGUCAGACUUUAUUAGUUAUAUUAAUGGACCAGUUCCUCAUGUUUACGCCAGGCUUAAUAAUAUAUAUUUAUGAACCAGUUCCUCAUGUUUACGUCAGACUUAAUAAGAUAUAUUAAUGAACCAGUUCCUCAUGUUUACAUCAGACUUUAUUAGUUAUAUUAAUGAACCAGUUCCUCAUGUUUACGUCAGACUUAAUAAGAUAUAAUAAUGAACCAGUUCCUCAUGUUUACAUCAGACUUUAUUAGUUAUAUUAAUGAACCAGUUCCUCAUGUUUACGUCAGGCUUAAUAAGAUAUAAUAAUGAACCAGUUCCUCAUGUUUACAUCAGACUUUAUUAGUUAAAAUAAUGAACCAGUUCUUCAUGUUUACGUCAGACUUUAUUAGUUAUAUUAAUGAACCAGUUCCUCAUGUUUACGUCAGGCUUAAUAAGAUAUAAUAAUGAACCAGUUCCUUAUGUUUACGUCAGACUUUAUUAGUUAUAUUAAUGAACCAGUUCCUCAUGUUAAAGUCUUAUAAGUUAUACUUUUUCUUAAGUUCUCUUCAUUUUUACUUGACAAUCAUUUAGGAAUAUCUUUAUCAAGUUUAUGUGUGUAUCGUAAAUAUUAGUGUUUAGUCAACUUUAUUUACUUUGAUUUACUGUAGGUUGUAGUAUAAAUUGUUGUCAGAUCAUGAAGUAUUUACUUUUCUCGUUUCUUAUGUAUAACUUAUUUGUUCAAUUGAAAUCCAAUAUACAACAUGUACAAGCUAUUGAUAUUAACACAUUCUAUUUGUUUUGUCUCUGUUUUUUUAUUGCCUGGUGUUCAUCCACAUUAUUUACUCCAAAUAAUUAUUUAUUUAUGUCUGAAUAAUAUCUGUUUUUAUGUUUUCUUUUGUUUGGGCAUAUAUUCUUUUUAAUUCUUUUCUGUUACCUUGAAACAAUGUUUCAUCUGCAAGCAUUCCAUGACAAUGGAAAUAUUUCAUGGGUAUACCAUGUACCUGCCUGGUUUUGUAUGUGUUUGUUACCGAGGCAUGCACACAGACGUACACUCAGACCCAAGGACGCACACACAGAUGCACACACAGAUGCACACACAGAUGCACACAUAGACAGACAGACACACACAGACAUUCACUCACAGAGACAUACACAGACACAUACACAGAUGCACAUAGACAGGCAUA